AUGUGGCAAGACAACGAAAAUGGUGCUUUUGUGGACAUGACUGCGGAAGCUAGAGCAGAAGAACGUGUAUCGGAAGGUAUGGUGGAAGCAAAAGAUGUGGACAGGAUGUGUGGUAUUGUGUAUAGGAGAAAGAGAAUGAGGAUGGAGUUGGGCCUUACAGAAGAUAAAAGGUACGGGAAGAAGUUUGUAAGGAAACAAUGGAGGAAAAAAUCCCGAGCUACUGAAUCGUUUGAAAUUUGUGGAGACUUCUGGGAUUCUGUUAGCAGGUCUCAAGAACUUGCUAUAGUUGUUAAUGGGUCUUCUUAUGAUUACGGCUAUUGGGUUGCUUGCUUCUUGAGUUCACUGCUGAGCUACAUGACUAGGGUUAGAAUUGGAAUGAGGCGGUUGCGUGCAUUUGUGCUCUCGAAGCCAAUUUUUGACGCAUUUUCCUCAUGUGGAGUGCUUUUUCUCCAGGAUUCUAUUACUGCCAAGAACCCUGGUAUUUGCCUAAUUUCAGGAUCCCGGUCUUUGAUACCAUUGAUUUCUGUCGAUUUUACUUCAAUCCCAUCUUUUUUUAUACGUAUGCAAACAAGUAUGCACCUUAGAUCUGCGCAUUUGGCUUGCUUGCUUGUGGCACAUUCGACAGAUAUUUAUGAGAAUGAUGAGAAAGUGACAGAUCUGGUUGAUGAUGCUGGAGAAACCUCAUUUCAAAUUCCUUCGAGAGACCACAGAGAUUGUAUUUCAGUAGCUUAUCAAAUUUCCCCUGAAAGAGACAUAUCAUACACUGAUGCAGUAGUAUCUGGUAAUGAUACCUCAGAGAGUCGGGCGUUGUCACACUCAGCCGUUGGAUUACCUAAAUCUGCUCUUCGAAAUUUGCAGUUAAGAAACAGUCGUAAUAUCCAGAAACGGAGGAGUUCUUUGAGGCGUAAGAGAGGUAGACCACCAUCAGCUUUUCGAGCACAGAAAGCUAGUUGUGCUUUAUCUUCAGAUUUUUUCAGAGCUAGAAACGACAGCGUCCAAUUAUCUGCUGCAGCACCUAGUCGUUUACUUAGGAGCUCAGGUAAGAGGAGUUCUACUGCAAACAUUAAAGAGCUAAAAUCUGGCACAGUGGUGUUGACACAGGAUCUAUGUGCCAGUAGAUGUUCUGCUAACCUGUUAAUUACAGAAACAGACAAGUGUUAUCGGGAAGAAGGAGCUAUUAUCACGUUAGAAUUAUCCUCUUCCAAGCAAUGGUUUCUUGCUGUUAUGAAGGGUGGAAUAAAGCGAUACUGUCUGACUGCACAAAAGGUCAUGAGGCCAUCUUGUUCUAACCGCUUCACUCAUGCUGUAAUAUGGACAGCAGACGGUGGUUGGAAGCUUGAGUUUCCUAAUAAACAAGAUUGGUCAAUUUUCAAGGAACUUUAUAAGGAAUGCUCUGAACGGAACAUGCAGUCCCCUGCAGCUAGUUUUAUUCCUGUACCGGAGGUGCAAGAAGUGUCUAACCCUGUUGAUACCAGUUACAUGCCAUAUGUGAGGCCUGAUUCGUACAUUACUGUGAAAGAUGAUGAGCUAAUCAGGGCUUUGGUGAAGAAGAACGCCAUCUAUGACAUGGACUCCGAUGAUGAGGAAUGGCUGACCAAAUUGAAUGACGAGUUAUAUGCAGGAAAGGAGCUGCGAGAACGUGUCAAACCUGAGAGUUUUGAGUUGAUCAUUGAUGCUCUUGAGAAAGGGCUUCACUGCAAUCCAGAUGAGCAAUUUGAUGAGCAAGCAGCCUAUGAGUUUUGUAUGCAUCUUGAGAGAAGGGAAGUUAUAGAGGCUAUCCGUAAUUAUUGGAUUAAAAAGCGGAAACAGAAGCGCUCUGCUUUAGUAAGGAUUUUCCAGCUAUACCAGCCUAGAAGAACUCAAGUGCUACCAAAGUCCGUUUUGCGGAAGAAAAGAUCAUUCAAACGGCAAGCAAGUCAGGGUGGGAGAGGCAAACAACUCCCUUUGCUGCAAGCAAUAGCAGCCGAACGAGAUGCUUUGGAACAACAAAACAACACACACAAAGUGCAAGAAGCUAAAGCUGCUGCAGACAGAUUUGAGGGAUUGGCUAUUCAAAAGCGUCAACGAGCCCAAAUGCUCAUGGAAAAUGCGGACUUAGCUACUUACAAAGCCAUGAUGGCUCUUAGAAUUGCAGAAGCAGCUCAAAUUUCAGAGGCUCCGGGUACAGUUGCAUCCCUUUUUCUUGGUUAACCGACGGAGUAGUAACAAUCAUAUUUCAUUAAGAUGGCCAAUUUUUUCGAGCUACAAGAGGGGGAUUACUGUUUUUCCAUCAAAACCUUGGUAGGUUGACCACCUUGUGAAAGAAUUAAUGUAAUUUUGUAUAGAUUCUGAUUCGAUGUACAUUUGUAUGAUAACCUGAAACCUCGAUCUGUACAAGGGGGUUCUAUCGGUUUCUUUGAACGAGAUAGGGAAGUGGAAAAAUAUAGGAAAA